AUGGACCUCCCCAAUGGCCAAUCAAGCAUCACCACUGCCUCUGAGCGUGCAUGUCUCCAGAAGAGCAGCAGCUCAGAGUCUCUCAGUGAGAAGGGUUCUGAACUGAAGAAGAGUUUUGAUGCCGUCGUCUUCGAUGUCCUGAAGGUCACCCCGGAGGAGUAUGCAGGUCAGAUCACACUCAUGGACGCUCCAGUGUUCAAAGCCAUCCAGCCUGAGGAGCUGUCGAGUUGUGGCUGGAACAAGAAGGAGAAGCACAGCUCUGCCCCCAAUGCUGUGGCCUUCACCCGCAGAUUCAACCAGACGACUUUCUGGGUGGUGAGGGAGAUCCUGCAUGCUCAGACCCUGAAGAUCAGAGCUGAGGUACUCAGUCUCUACAUCAGAACUGCCAAGAAACUGUGUGACAUGAACAACCUGCAUGCAGUGAUGGCUGUGGUGUCAGGCCUACAAAGCGCUCCCAUCUAUAGACUCUCCAAGACAUGGGCGUUGUUGAGUCGGAAGGACAAAGCAACGUUUGAGCGGUUGGAGUAUCUCAUGGCCAAAGAAGACAACUACAAGCGUCUCAGAGACUACAUACGCAGCCAGAGCAUGAACUCCUGCAUACCAUACCUGGGGAUGUAUCUGUCUGACCUGACAUAUAUAGACUCAGCGUAUCCCUCUACUGGCAGCAUCCUGGAGAAUGAACAGAGAUCCAACCUCAUGAACAACAUCCUGAGGAUAAUAUCUGACCUGCAACGCUCCUGCACCUACGAUAUACCAGUGUUGCCUCAUGUCCAGAAGUAUCUCAACUCAGUCAGGUACAUUGAGGAGCUACAGAAGUUUGUGGAGGAUGACAACUACAAGUUGUCGUUGAAGAUUGAGCCAGCCACCAGCACCCCUCGCUCUACUGCCUCUAGAGAGGACCUCGUAGGUCCUGACGCUUAUGCGUCUCCUCUCUGUGGCCAUAAGGGCCCCAUUGCAGACGGAACCAAAAUCCCUCCCACGCCCCCCUCCCCUAGGAACCUCCUCCCCUACGGACACAGAAAGUGUCACAGCCUGGGCUACAAUUUUAUCCAUAAGAUGAAUACGGUGGAGUUUAAGAGCGCUACGUUCCCCAACGCUGGUUCUCGUCAUCUAUUGGACGACAGCGUCAUGGAGAGCCACACCCCUGCAAGAGGACAAACUGAGAGCUCAACGCUCUCCAGCGGCAUCUCACUGGGGAGCAGUGAAGGUUCAGAACUCAGCGAAGAGAUGUCCUGGCCAGCCUUUGAGAGGACUCGGUUCUAUCACUCUCUGGGGCCUGUGACCCGCGUGGCCAGAAUCCCCUACAGAGGAGGCCUGAGGCCCAGCAGCUCGGCAGAGUCUGAGGAGUUAGCAGUGCACCUGUACCCUGGAGCCGUCACCGUACAGGGAGUCCUACGACGCAAGACUGUCCUCAAGGAGGGCAAGAAACCCACGGUAGCGUCGUGGACCAAGUUCUGGGUGGCUCUGUGUGGAACUCAGCUCUACUUCUACCCUGCCAAGUCCCUAAAGGCCACAGAGAGAAAGCAUUUCAAGUCAUCUAGCAGUAAGAGUGUGUGUGUCGUGGGGUUAAUGGCCAUCAUGGCAGACGACCCUGAACAUCCUGACAUCUUCCUGCUCACAGACUCUGAACAUGGUAACACCUAUAAGUACCAGGCAGGGAACAAAAUGAACGCCCUGCUGUGGUUCAAACACCUCAGUGCUGCCUGCCAGAGCAACAGACAACAGGUGCCAGCCAAUUUGAUGUCCUUUGAAUGAGUGCUGCUGAAGAGGACAGAACGAUAGAGAGAUAAAAGAAAGGAAUAGGGGAGGAGAUGAGAAGAAAGGAGGGUUAGUGACUUAGCAGCAGGAGCUUUCACUGCCAUGACCCCUGACCUAUACACCCUGACCCCAGCCCCACGGCAGCCCCCCCGCCACCACUGCCUUAACUUAAGGAGCCGUGUGCAUGCAAGUGUGUAUGAGUGUGUUGAAGCAGUGGUUAAUUUGGCUGCGUAGAUUACUGAAUGGGGAACUACACCACUUCUCCUUUCUCGUUGUCUCCGUAGUUUUUUCCAGUGGACUAUCAACCUCGUGGAACUAUUGGAUGUCUCCUCUCCUCUUUCUUGGGAUGGAUGGACAUUAUUUAUCCUUUAUCCUUGUUUUUCAUCACUCCCCCUCUUCUUGACACACCGAGGUCUGGUGGAAGACAGUCUGCACUUUGUAGGGCAGGACUCUCACACACAACAACACACACACAAACAACACUGGACUGGGAUUUUAAACACUUUUCUUUAUCACACUUUGACUCACACACACAAGACCCCAAUGGUGUCUUCACACACUUGACAUGAGUUGGGCUCACAAAACUGACACACUUUUCGCUCAUUCACAUAUGCACAAAUGUACACACAAGCACACACACUCGGACAAGGGGGAGUGAGCGUGUGAUUGCAGCAUUGUGAAUAUGAAGGGCUCUGAUUCUCAAUCUAUUCCAGCAGAAUCUACUCCCACACACACGUCCUGAAUGUCUCCAACUGUUUUAUAUUCCAGAGCCUCCCCUUCUCGGGCCUAUGUAUGUGAGCACGUAUGUCACAUCACCCAUACCAUAAACCCAGUGUCUAAGCUUUCCUCUAUUCCACUGUUAUGGACCCACUUAUGUCUCUUUUAGAAAUAGGCUUUUGGGUUAUUCUCUGGACAGCUGUCUGUGCUCUGUCCACUUGUUAAGGCUCUAGAUUCCCAAGAACACACACACACAUUAACACUAAAGACUUGAAAGCUGUGAAAAGGUGAACGAUAGAGCAGAGUGAAAGAUGGGGGAGUGUUGAAGGGAUACUUGGGGAUUUUG